GUUCUUCCGGGUCGCGGUGGGGUUUCCGCUCGUUUACGGAUAGCUUCACUGUGUUGCACAAAUAAAAACAAAACUUCGUAUCUAAUCGGGUUGUGUCGCGGUUUUGUUAAAUACAUUAACAUUAUUUAUCAUAGCCUGGCCAAUUUAACCUAGGCACGGAGGGAAACAUGCAUAGUAACAUAGCUUUUAGCUUACGUAUUGCAGCUUUUUGAGUUUAACCGUCGUUAGCUAAACCUUUUAGCGCUUAGCUGCCUGUGUUAGCAUGCAGUGAAAAUACCAAAACAAAACAUACACAGUCUCAAGAAGAACCAGAGAAGGAUGUCUGAUUCAGACAGCGAUGAAGACCAAGACCGACCCUUUUCCCUCACUGGCUUCCUGUUUGGAAACAUCAAUGAAGAUGGCCAGUUAGAGGGAGACAGUGUUCUGGACAAUGAGUCCAAGAAGCAUCUUGCUGGUUUGGGGACGUUGGGUCUGGGCUCUCUCAUCACCGAGAUCACGGCCAAUGAGAGCGAGAAUAAGGAGGAAAACAGAGAAUCUGUAAGCGUGGAUUCAGAGGGUUGGGUGAAAAGCACAGACGAUGCAGUGGACUACUCUGACAUCAGUGAGGUUGCUGAGGAUGAGACUAAAAAGUACCACCAGGCAAUGGGGUCUUUGCAGCCCAGCAGGAAAACAGAUGAUGAGGAUGAUUAUGAUGCCGACUGUGAGGAUAUUGACUCAAAGCUUAUGCCUCCUCCACCACCGCCUAGUCUUCCUACUCCAGCUAAGAAAGAAGAAUCGCCCGCCGGUACAAAUGUUGGGGAAGAGGGCGAUGGCAUCAUCUUGCCCUCCAUUAUUGCACCAUCCUCCACUGCCGAUAAGGUAGAUUUCAGCAGCUCUUCAGACUCUGAGUCGGAGACGGAACGGCCCUGCCAGGGUUCAGGAGUUCUAGGGCCUCCGGACAGUCUCACCCUUCCUCUUGCGGGGAUCAUGCAGAAGGAUGCUGCCAAGGCGUUACCAAGUGUCACACAGCUCUUUCCAGAGUUUAAGCCCGGCAAGGUUCUUAGGUUUUUACGGCUGUUCGGUCCUGGUAAGAACAUGCCUUCAGUUUGGAGGAGUGCCCGCAGGAAGAAGAAGCGGAAACACAGAGACCCUCAGCCGGGGACUCCUCCGCCAGAGGAAGACACCUCAGAACCAAGUCAGGAGAAAAAGUCUGGAUGGAUUUAUGAGUACGCACUCCCUCCACCCCCAGAACAGUGUCUCUCUGACGAUGAGAUAACCAUGAUGGCUCCAGUGGAAUCAAAGUUCUCGCAGACAUCCGGGGACGCGGACAAAGAGACAGAGUCUCGACCUAGAGUAGCAGAAUGGAGAUACGGUCCGGCCCAGCUCUGGUACGACAUGCUGGGAGUACCUGAGGACGGAAGCAACUUCAACUACGGGUUCAAACUCAAAGAAGAUCAGCCCAAUGAGGCUGAAGAGCAAGAUAUGCCCAAAGAAGUAACAGAACCUCCUGAAGAGGUUCUGAAGGAAGACGACAACAUGGAUGUAGAUGACGAUGGUGGCGAUGGAGAUAAAGUGAGGCGAAUUCUGGAGAACGAACUUUUCCUAAUGGUCACUCAGCUCCAGUGGGAGGACGAUAUCAUCUGGAACGGAGAAGAUGUAAAACACAAGGGAACCAAGACUCAGAGAGCCAGCUUGGCAGGAUGGCUCCCCUCCAGCAUGACCCGAAAUGCUAACGCUUAUAAUGCCCAGCAGGGUCUGACCCGAAGCAAUUCCCAGCUGGUCCCACCGAUACCUCUGCCUAUUCCAAAAGCUUCCUCGAUCUCUGGCUCGAAGCGGGAAAAAAGCAGCCACGACAAUCAAGCCUCUCUAGAAGAAGACUGUUCGUGGUUUUCCAUUUUCCCCAUUGACAAUGAGGAGCUGGUGUACGGCCGCUGGGAAGACAACAUCAUCUGGAACGACCAGGAGAUGGAUCACUUUCUCAUGCCGCCGGUCCUUACACUGGAUCCCAAUGAUGAGAAUAUAAUACUAGAAAUUCCCGAUGAAAAGGAGGAGGCAACGUCUCAUUCGCCGUCAAAGGAGAAUAAGAAGGAGACGGCAAUCAAGAAGAGUCGGAUUCUGUUGGGGAAGACCGGCGUGAUUAAAGACGAGCCACAACAGAACAUGUCCCAACCUGAAGUUAAAGAUCCCUGGAACCUCUCCAACGAUGAGUUCUACUAUCCCAAACAGCAAGGCCUGAGAGGAACGUUUGGUGGCAACAUUAUUCAGCACUCCAUUCCAGCACUUGAGCUGAGGCAGCCCUUCUUCCCCACUCACAUGGGUCCAAUGAAGCUUCGGCAGUUCCAUCGACCGACCCUGAAGAAAUACUCUUUUGGAGCUUUAGCGCAGCCGGGUCCGCACGCUGUUCAGCCGCUGCUCAAACACAUCAAGAAGAAAGCCAAGAUGCGAGAGCAGGAGCGGCAGGCGGCAGGCGGCGGAGACAUGUUCUUCAUGCGAACGCCGCAGGACUUGACCGGUAAAGACGGGGAUCUGAUCCUGGCGGAGUACAGCGAGGAAUACCCACCUCUCAUCAUGCAGGUUGGCAUGGCGAGCAAGAUCAAAAACUACUACAAAAGGAAACCCGGAAAGGAUCCAGGAGCGCCUGACUGUAAAUAUGGAGAAACAGUUUAUUGCCAUACCUCCCCUUUCCUUGGUUCUCUUCAUCCUGGUCAGCUUCUUCAGGCGUUUGAAAACAACCUCUUCCGUGCUCCAAUCUACCUGCACAAGAUGCCAGAGACGGAUUUUCUCGUCAUACGAACUCGACACGGCUACUACAUCAGGGAGCUCGUGGACAUUUUUGUCGUCGGUCAGGAGUGCCCGUUGUUUGAGGUUCCUGGUCCAAAUUCUAAACGUGCCAAUACUCACAUCAGAGACUUCCUGCAGGUUUUCAUUUACCGCUUGUUCUGGAAGAGCAAAGACCGUCCUCGGAGAAUCCGCAUGGAGGAUAUAAAGAAAGCUUUUCCCUCACACUCAGAGAGCAGCAUCAGGAAGCGGCUCAAGCUCUGCGCUGACUUCAAGCGUACAGGAAUGGACUCAAACUGGUGGGUGCUGAAGCCUGACUUCAGGUUGCCCACUGAAGAAGAAAUCAGAGCCAUGGUUUCUCCAGAGCAGUGCUGCGCUUACUACAGCAUGCUGGUUGCGGAGCAGAGGCUUAAGGAUGCUGGGUAUGGUGAGAAGUCUUUCUUUGCUCCAGAAGAGGAGAACGAAGAGGAUUUUCAAAUGAAGAUCGAUGACGAGGUCCGGACGGCACCGUGGAACACAACCAGAGCCUUCAUCUCCGCCAUGAAGGGGAAGUGUCUGUUGGAGGUCACGGGAGUGGCAGAUCCCACUGGCUGUGGAGAAGGUUUCUCAUAUGUGAAAGUGCCGAACAAGCCCACUCAACAAAAAGAUGACAAAGAGCCACAGCCUGUAAAAAAGACUGUGACCGGAACGGACGCUGACCUGAGGAGACUCUCUCUGAAGAACGCCAAGCAGCUCCUUCGCAAAUUUGGUGUGCCAGAGGAAGAGAUCAAGAAGCUUUCCCGUUGGGAGGUUAUUGACGUGGUGAGGACCAUGUCCACGGAGCAGGCACGUUCAGGCGAAGGCCCGAUGAGCAAGUUCGCUCGAGGCUCUCGCUUCUCUGUCGCCGAACACCAGGAGCGCUACAAGGAGGAGUGUCAGAGGAUCUUUGACUUGCAGAACAAAGUGUUGGAGUCCACAGAGGUGUUGUCCACAGACACAGACAGCAGUUCAGCUGAAGAUAGCGACUUUGAGGAGAUGGGUAAGAACAUUGAGAACAUGCUGCAGAAUAAGAAGACCAGCUCACAGCUUUCCCGCGAGAGGGAGGAGCAGGAAAGGAAGGAACUGCAGAGGAUGCUGAUGGGCGAGGAGAGCGAUCGUGACAACAAGGGACGCAAGGAGCGCCGCAAAGGCUUGUCCAGUGCCUUGUCCACCAGCUCCCACAAAGACGACGACACGUCCUCCGUCACCAGCCUGAACUCGUCGGCUACGGGGCGACGACUCAAAAUCUAUCGCACCUUCAGGGACGAGGACGGCAAAGAAUACGUGCGCUGCGAGACGGUUCGUAAAGCGUCCGUCAUCGACGCCUACACCCGGAUCAGAACCACCAAGGACGAUGAGUUCAUACGAAAGUUUGCCCUCUUCGAUGAGCAGCACAGAGAGGAGAUGAGGAAGGAGCGCCGGCGUAUUCAAGAGCAGCUCAGGAGGCUGAAGAGAAACCAAGAGAAAGACAAGAUCAAAGGACCUCCGGAGAAGAAGUCCAAGAAGGUCAAGGAGAGACCAGACCUCAAGGUAAAACUGAAGUGCGGCGCGUGUGGAGCCAUUGGACACAUGAGAACCAACAAAUUCUGCCCGCUGUACUACCAAACCAACGCCCCACCCUCCAACCCGGUCGCCAUGACGGAAGAGCAGGAGGAGGAGCUGGAAAAGACUGUGAUCCACAACGACAACGAGGAACUCAUCAAGGUGGAGGGCACUAAGAUUGUACUGGGCAAGCAGCUCAUUGAAAGUGCCGAUGAGGUGCGCAGAAAGUCUUUGGUGCUCAAGUUUCCCAAGCAGCAACUACCACCAAAGAAGAAGAGACGCGUUGGCAGCGCCGUCCAUUGUGAUUACCUCAAUAAACCACACAAGGCAAUCCACCGCAGACGCACCGACCCCAUGGUCACCCUGUCAUCGGUGCUGGAGGGAAUCAUCAACGAUAUGCGGGAUCACCCCAACACGUACCCCUUCCACACACCGGUCAACGCCAAGGUCGUCAAGGAUUACUACAAGAUAAUCAAUCGGCCCAUGGACCUGCAGACGCUGAGGGAGAACGUGCGGAAGCGGAUGUACCCGUCGAGGGAGGAGUUCCGGGAGGCCGUGGAGCUCAUCGUCAAAAACAGCGCCACAUACAACGGAGCGAAACAUCCCAUUACACAAGUGGCGCAGUCCAUGCUUGACCUGUGUGAUGCUAAGCUGAAAGAGAAAGAGGAUCGGCUGGUGAGGCUGGAGAAAGCGAUCAACCCCCUUCUGGAUGAUGACGACCAGGUGGCGUUUUCCUUCAUCCUGGACAACAUUGUGACUCAGAAAAUGAUGGUGGUUCUUGAUUCGUGGCCGUUUCACCAUCCUGUCAAUAAAAAGUUUGUGCCGGAUUAUUAUAAGGUUAUUGUAAAUCCUAUGGAUCUGGAGACUAUCCGGAAGAACAUCUCCAAGCAUAAAUACCAGAAUCGGGAAAUAUUCCUUUCAGAUGUCAGUCUCAUCCACGCCAACAGCAUCAAAUACAAUGGUCCAGACAGUCCGUACACCAAGACUGCCCUGGAGAUUGUAGAUGUGUGCAAAGGAACCUUAGCAGAGUACGAUGAGCACCUGACCCAGCUGGAGAAGGACAUCUCUACAGCCAAGGAGGCAGCUCUGGACGCAGCAGACUUGGAGAGCCUGGACCCAAUGACACCCGGGCCGUACACCCCGCAGCCUGCUGAUCUGUUUGACAGCGUGGCUUCAGGGAGUCUACCCAGAGAGCCCAGCAGCCUUUUCUCUGAGGGACCUCUGUUGGUUGCUCCAGAGAAGAGAGGGGGGCAGGGACGGCACAUGAGGAGACCAGGAGAGGAGGACUCAGAUGUGGACAUCGAGGGCUUCGAGGAGGAAGAUGAUGGGAAACCCAAGACUCCUGCUCCUGCAGAGGACGCCGAUGGAGAUCUGGAGGACGAAGACGAUGAAGAGAUGUUGCUGCCGCCUCGCAGGCGGCUGCACGACGAUGACGAGCGAGGACACGGGCGGUCGAACCACCCGGCUCAGUCCAGUGUGCUGUACCAGGAUCUGCUCAUGUCUGAUGGAGAGGAUGAUGCCAGCGACGAAGAAGGGGACAACCCGUUCUCUGGCAUUCAGCUAUCAGAAAGCGGCAGCGACUCUGAGAGGGAGGUGGAUAUCCGACCCGCGCCUCCGCGGAGAGCUCAGGAUACGGCCCGCAUGGGCAUGGAGCAGGAUGAGAGCAUGAUGUCGUAUGAAGGGGUUGGUAAUGAACACAUGGAAGACAGCAACAUCAGCUACGGCAGCUACGAGGAGACGGAGAGUCGCAGUCAAAUGCAGCCGUCCAGCAUGGGAAACGGCGAAGAGUACGGCAUCAGCGAGGAGGAGGAGGAAGACGAGGAAGAUGAAGCGCGGAGAAGAGGCCCAGCUGUCCUGUCCCAAGCCCAGCUCAGCGAAGACGAAGACAGCGAGGAGUUCCGAUCCAUCGGAGGAGACAGUGACAUGGACUCUGAUAAUUAGUCGAAUUUCAUUUUCCUGACUGGACUUUAUCAACUUCAACAUUGUUGGAAUUCCAAUUUCAAAACAGAGAAAUCAGAUUUCUCAGGUAAAUACUGUAUGUACAAACAUUUUGUAAAUGGUGAUCGCCGCUACUGUGGAAACUUCGAGAGCAGAGCAUUGUAAAUUAUAGCUUGUUCCUUUUUAUGUAAACUGAAUAAUAUCCAUCAUGGUGGAUUCCAACAUGGAGGUGUGAGCUCAGUUGUUUUUUUUUUUACUGUUUUAACUCAGUUAAGUAUGCAACAAUUGUUGGCUGUUUCUAGGCUACCAUCAAAGUAAAAGAAUACUGAAGAACUAUAAAAAUGUCUACAAAUGCUGUCAAAAAUAAAACUUCAGUUCCCCAUUA